GCUCGAGAACCCACUUUAUAAGCGCCGUAUUACUGGCAAUCAUUACUUGCAAAGAAAUCGUGCUCACAAAAUGUAUCGUUUGCUGGCGCUUGUACUUUUGUUCAAUUUUGCUGUUGGCCAUUUUCAUUAUGACUUCUUUGAUGAUGACAGUGAUUGUGGCUCGGGAUCCCACGAGCAAUUUGAUGAACCCUUUCCUGGCCCCAGUCAUUUCCCAGGCCCCAGUCCAUUCCUGGGUCCUGGUCAUUUCCCAGGCCCCGGUCCAUUACCGGGCCCCGGUCCAUUACCGGGCCCCGGUCCAUUCCCGGGCCCCGGUCCAUUCCCAGGUCCCGGUCCAUUCCCAGGCCCCGGUCCAUUCAUAGGCAUCGGUCCAUUCCCGGGCCCCGGUCCAUUCCCAGGACCCGGUCCAUUCCCAGGUCCCGGUCCAUUCCCAGGUCCCGGUCCGAUUCCGCGCCCCGGUCAUUUCCCAGGUCCCGGACCUUUCCCAGGUCCCGGACCUUUCCCAGGUCCCGGACCUUUCCCAGGUCCCGGACCUUUCCCUGGUCCCGGUCCUUUCCCAGGCCCCAGACCUUUCUCUUGCUCUGGCCCUUGCGAUUGCCAGGGACCCGAUAAUAAACGUCCAAUGGAAACUGACUUCGAUAAGCUGGCUCGUUACGUGAUCUCCGCCGACAAGCAGGUGUAUAACAGUUGCAAGCAAAGCUCGUACAGCCGGGUGCGUGUGCUGCCGGGUGAGGACAUGUACGCACUCAAGUACAACCUGCCUGAGUUCGCCGAGAGUGGCAUCAAGUUGCAGAUCAAGCACCGUGUCAUCUCGGCCACUGCGGAGGCCCAGGGCGUUCCCACCUUCAAGGACUUGAGAAUCAUCCCGGAAUUUGUGAAAGUGGCUGACGCGUCCUGGUCCUUCCAGAAUGGUACUCUAACGGUUUUGAUGCCGUACAAAAAUCCUCUGAAAACCGAAGUAGCCUUAGAUUGUACAAGUAAUAUUAAUGAAUCUGUUAUAGAUGUAGCCAAAAUGACGAAUUCUGAAGACGAUCUGAGAAUUUUGGGUUGAUAGCCUUUAGAAAGCACUAUAAGAUGUUUGUGAUUUAUUUACGUUAAAGUUAAAUGUAUGUUACUCGUACAAUGUAUUAAACUUAGAAUUAGUGUUAAAAAAUAAAAAUUGUGUGUAAUUAAUUAGAA